GGUCUGGUAUGGACACCGUCAUAAAUAUUAUGUAUAAUAUACCAUGCAGCACCACCUACAUACAACAUAUAUAUGUAUUCUUUGUAUAUGUGUGCAAAUACAUAAAUUUAUUUAUGUAAAUAUGUACAUAAAUGACUUUGGUUGGUGAUAGCAUAGUAACUAACUGUUUAAUAAGAUAUUUACCAAGAUGGAAAUACCCUGUUCGUGCACUUUCUCCACAUCGAUGCUGUCAACCUUGCCAAGUGCACAUAAAAUAUGCAUUACAUAUUUACUUACACGUCUACUUGCAGUCUGGCAGACUAAUGCGUUCGUGAUUUUUAGCCAAUUCAUUACACAAACAACAUGCCACAUUGGACAAGAACUUUCUUCAAGCACAGGUCAGUGUCACUUUGAGAGAAAUACGUUUGUAUGCGCAGAGAAAGUGGAGAAAGUGGAUAAUGGACAGUCUGUCCCGCACACUGGGAUCCCUGCUCCAUUUGCCAAAUAAAGAAGAGUGAAAGUGGAGAAAGUGUCUCCAAACUGUUUUUCAUCCGCUUCAAAUAUUUAUUUACAUAAACUGCUCCACUCACACUUUCUUUCCCAGGGCUGAGACAUGGCUACUCUGGAAUCAUAAGCUUUACAAGAUGGUCACAAACUAUACGACUCAAGGGCAAGAAGAGACUGACCUGAAUUUCUUUAAAAUAAUCGGUACAGUGAUAUACGUAACUUGUAUUGCAAUCAAUGUCGUAAUUCUGAUUGUGAUUUGUGGUGCGUGCAACAAGCGGAAAAUCAGGGACAUGACAAUUUUGAUUGGAAAUUUAUGCAGUGUCGUCACAUACAGUGCGGUACUCUCUAUUUUGUCAAUUUUCGAAUUCGAUAAGAGAUUGACCGUGGAAUAUCUCUGUAACGCAAUAUACAUCCAGAGAGCGAUGGCCUUGAACCUGCUCCCCUUAACGAUUCUCUCCAUAAGUUACGAACGGAUGAGAAAAUUGAAGCCAAGCUUUCCCAAAAUAAAGAUCGCAAAGAUGCUGCUCGCAAUAUGGAGUGUGGCCGUGCUUGCAGCCCUGCCUGCACUUUGGACCAUGGAGUACGACUCGGAGAAAGCUCAGUGCGUCAAAGUGUCUUCUUUACAUAGAGUGGUUUACCAAGUAUUGAGAUGUGUCGUGUUCCAUUUCGUGGUGGCAAGUCUACUCGUGCUUGAGCUAUACAAAGUGCGAUCAAAAUUUAAAUACUUUUAUAGCGUUAGGACCAUCCACUCAGACAAAAUCCGAAGGAAAGUACAACGUGUCCGAUUUCUCUACUGCAACUCGAUCAUGUUCAUCUGUUACUGGGUUCCGUUAGGAAUCUGCACCAUUUUUUAUGAAGUGACCCGAAAACCGAGCACUCGACUACAUGCUGAAUAUCCAAACGCGGUGUAUGUUGUGUCCAUCCUGUUUUUCAUGUACGUCAUGUGCCUUCCGCUCAUAUUACUGUGGACGAGUGAUUUGUUAACGAGACGGGAAAAAUCAGUCAACACCAUGAGGACGAAAAUGGCUGUGAUAAAUUCGGAUUUUAGCCGGUGUAGUACGCAAGGAUUGGCAUGUGCUAUUCCGAGCAUUAUUGUAACCACGGAGGGUGAAUUGAUGCAAGGUGACACUCAACAAGUGGAGGUUGAGGUUUACGUAUAAAUUAUACUGUUAGUGACUGCAUAGUGUUAAACUGGGGAUAUUUUUAGUAAUUUUAAUUUUGGAAUCGAUAGAAUAUUUGCAGUUUGUGUAAAACUUGACAAUCUAAGAGAACAUGCGUACAUAAAAUUUUACUAUUCUAAGUUGUGUUUUAUGCGGAGAAAGUUUUUAAAAUUUAAGCAUAAUGCAUUUUGUAGAAAUUUUAGAAAUUUUGUUAGAAUUUAUAAAUUUUGCAAAUUUUACAUGAUGGUGCAUUAUGUACUUAAUUGUGUAUUCAUACAUUUGCAGUGCAAAUUUUUCACUACAUGUAUCACCGCACAGUUUUUAAUGGGAUUGAAUUUUCAUGAAAUGCACUUUACGUAAAAUUAGUAUUCGAAGUUCAUUCAUGAUAUUCUGGGUGCUAUAUAAGUUUCAUAUUGUAAGAGGGCUUACUGUACAAACAUAAGGCGAGACAUAGUUACCUAUAUGUAAAUAUGAUGGAAGAGUAAGACCAUAUUAAAAGUGACACUUUCACCCAUCUGGAAAAGACAACUGCUCAAGUACUUGAUCAAAUUAUGUAUGCAUGAAAUCACUUUCUUAGAUUAGAAACAAACCUUCAUAUUUACAUAGAUAUUGUAUCUGUAGAAGUACAAAAGAAGAAAUUGAAAUGUGUGGUAAAAUUUACUCAUUGAAUCACUCUUACUUUCUUAAUAAUUAAGAAAAGAAACAUUUAUAUUUUUAUAAUUAAUUAUAGUUAGGCUUAGGUAAAUACCUUUAGUGAAUAACUUUUGAUAUUUUGCAUUUUUGAUGUACUUACAUACAUUGAUAAGUUGUGCCGGUCGAAUGUGAAGCGUAAUAUUUGGGCAAGUUUCUCUACUAUGAUUUGGAUGUAUGUAAGUGUCAUUAUAAGUAUUAUAAGAUUUAUGCUCGUACGCUGCGUUAAAUGAGAAGGCUAUUCAAUGGUCUUUGUCUGGAUUGUGGUACAUAAUGAUGCUA